UGGGAUCCGUAUUCUAUGCGCCCCUCUCUACCUGGAGUCUAUAUCAUACCCACAGUUCAUCGGCCAUAGCCAUUUAUCCUCUCCUUACUCCCACUCUAAUUGGUAGCCGCCGCCGACGAGGCUACAGCACCGGCCGCUCGAGCGUUGACGCGAUCUCCCUCGACUGGCGUGCGAGAUCGUCCGUCCACAACGUGCCCCCACGCCGUAUUUUCUGACUACCGGGCGUCAACGCCAGCUCUGCUCCGGCUACCCUGAUUUUCCUGGCGCCGGAAUCAGUCCGUUCCAUAUAGAGCCACGAUGCCUUCCAGCUCCGACUCCGACCCUCUGCUCGCGCGCGCCGACGGCGACGGCAUGACGGAAGAAGACGACGGCAUCGACGUCGCGGCGGUGGACCACCGCGGCCGGCCGGCCCCCCGCGCCUCCACCGGCCGCUGGCGGUCGGCGCUCUUCAUCAUAGCGGUGGAGAUCGCGGAGCGGUUCUCGUUCUACGGGGUGUCGGCGAACCUGAUCAGCUACCUGACGGGGCCGCUGGGCGAGAGCAACGCCAAGGCCGCGGCCGCCAUCAACGCCUGGAACGGCGUGGCGCAGCUGCUGCCGCUGCUCGGCGCCGCCCUCGCCGACUCCUGCCUCGGCCGCUACCGCACCAUCCUCAUCGCCUCCCUGCUCUACAUCCUGGGUUUAGGAAUGCUGGCUCUCUCGACAUUGCUCUCCCCCGGCAAUCACAAAUGCAGUAACACCGACGGCGGCACGCCCUGCCCGCCGCCGUCCGGUCUGCAGAUGGCCGCGUUCUACACCUCCCUCUACCUGGUGGCCCUGGCGCAGGGCGGGCACAAGCCGUGCGUCCAGGCCUUCGGCGCCGACCAGUUCGACGCGAGCCACCCGCGGGAGGCCGUCUCCCGGAGCUCCUUCUUCAACUGGUGGUACUUCGGCAUAUGCGCCGGCACCGCCGUCACGCUCGUGUUCCUCAGCUACAUCCAGGACAACAUCGGCUGGGGCCUCGGCUUCGGCAUCCCCUGCGUCGUGAUGCUCUGCGCACUCGCCGUCUUCUUGCUCGGCGCCCCCACGUACCGCUACUACGCCUCCGACGGCAAGCAGCGGAGCCUGUUUGCUCGUGCCGGCGAGGCUUUUGGGGCGUGGCGGAGCAGACGGCGGAAGUCGAGUCCCCUUGCAGUCUCCGAUUCGCAUGAAGGCCGUCGACCCGCAACACAGGCGCCGGAAUACAGUGCUCAGGUCGACGAGGAGGAGCAGGGAGUGGUGAUCAGAAACGCGGACCUCGUCGAGGAAGUCAAGGGCGUCCUCCGGCUGUUCCCGAUCUGGGCGACGUGCCUGAUCUACGCCGUGGCGUUCUCCCAGUCGUCCACGUUCUUCACGAAGCAGGCGGCGACCCUGGACCGGCACGUGGGCAAGCGGGUCCAGGUGCCACCGGCGGCGCUGCAGAGCUUCAUCAGCAUCACCAUCGUGGUCUUCAUGCCCAUCUACGACCGCGCCAUCGUGCCGCUGGCGCGCCGCUGCACGGGCGUCUCCUCGGGGAUCACCAUGCUGCAGCGCAUCGGCGUCGGGAUGGUGCUCUCGCUCGUGUCCAUGGUGGUGGCGGCGCUGGUGGAGACACGCCGGCUCCGGAUCGCGGCGGACGCCGGCCUGGCGGACCUGCCCAGGGUGCCGGUCCCGAUGAGCCUGUGGUGGAUGGUGCCGCAGUACGUGCUGUUCGGCGCGGCGGACGUGUUCACCAUGGUCGGCCUGCAGGAGUUCUUCUACGACCAGGUGCCCGACAAGCUGCGCAGCAUCGGGCUGGCGCUCUACCUCAGCAUCUUCGGCAUCGGCAGCUUCAUCAGCAGCGGCCUCGUGUCGGGCAUCGACAAGUGGACGUCGGAGAGGGGGCCGAGCUGGUUCUCCAACAAUCUCAACCGCGGCCACCUCGACUACUUCUACUGGCUCAUCGCCGCGCUCAGCGCGCUCGAGCUUGUGGUUAAAGAAAUGGAAUGGGAAGCGGCGGCCGAGAGCACCCCGUGGCCAGUAAUCAGUCCAUUUCUUCCUCUAUCUCUCUGUUCUUUCUCUGUCAAAAAAGCCAAAGAUCUCUGCGGUGGAACGAAAGAAAUCGCCUUUGCUCCUGAACGGCCAGCGAGAGCCUGGGCGAUGCUGCUAGUGGAGUACUUAGAGAUUAAUUAGGAUCUUUGGCCGAGAAGAUCUGGAAUAGUAUUGAGCAAAAGAGAUGGCUUGUGGAGUUUGUUUAAACCAUUGCAACUAUGAGAGUGAGGGAAGCGGUUUCAGCAUGUAUGUAUAGGAGCACUUCAAAAACGCAGGGGUUGUGCCAUGCAAUGAAAGGGUCCGUUUCAACAACAUGAUGGGAGCGAAGGAGGAGGGGGCGACGAGGAGAAGGGAGACAGUUGCAUGUCCGACAUUAGUCAUGCAAAAAAGUGCACAGACACUGACAUGGAUGACGAAGGAUGCGACCCUGAGCAAAAGAAAUGCAAAAGGCAAAGAGCAGUGUGUUGAAGAUAUAGAGUCAGGAGAGGGAGGAUAUCAUGUAGAAAUCACGUACACGGAAGUGUCGGAGGGCUUGCCUACACUGGUUUGUAACCUCUAAAUAUAUUCAUAUUUCUUCUAGAGUUUUAGUAGUUGAUACAGGACGUUAACUAGGAAACACAUGAUCUUUAACUUGUUGUGUUGCCAUGUCUCCAUGCCUUUUUUGCUGUAGUUUUAAAAUAGCUAAUGCAUGAAUUUUGUUAACUAGCUACUUGAUGUCUAUGUAAGUUGCUAGUUGACUUGCUGAAAAAACAUCCAUAAGUUCCUGUGAUCAACUCCAUGAACCAUGGACAGCACCGUUCAAUUUAGCAUACAGUUUCUUGUCUCUA